GCUUUCAGGGAGCGGAGUUCAUAACUCUCUUCCCACAAUGCUUUGGGGGAGGCUGACAAGUGGAUCCAAGAUGGCGUAGAAAGUAAAGCUAGAAUUUCUGUCCCUAAGUCAUGGCAGACAGGAGGCCAGAGAAGUCAUGUGAACAAGCAUGUGAAUCGUUGCGAAGGCAGGAGUACGAGGCGGUGGUGAAGCACUGCACGGAGGCACUGCUCUCCCUCAGCCACUGCCCCCCCAGCCCCAGCACAGUGUCCCAGCAGGGCAGUGACUUCAUCAGGAACAGGAUCCUGCUCUACAGAAUCGCAGCGCUUUUGCAACUUAAAAAUUAUGAUCAAGCAGAUGAAGAUUGUAAGCAUGUGUUGGCAGAGGAGCUGGCCAGGGGGGAAGGCUUGCUCCCUGCAGUGCUUCGCUGCAUGCUCAUGGAAGGAAGUCUCCAAGAAGUAUCCAGUAUUUUGUCUAGGUCGCUUUUGGGGGAACCUUUGAAUGGGAUGGUGACGAAGGAUCUGACCAGGCUGAAAAUGCUGCUGUCUGAAAUAGAAACAGCAAGCAGCACAAUGGCCUCGGGAUAUGUGGAGGAUAAUGAGGAAGGUAUGUUGAUUGCCAGAUGUUUUCGUUCUCCUCUGCAAACAAAUAAGCUACUAAAUGUCACGCUAACAGAUGUCCAGGAGGGCUGGCAGUUUCGCCCUCCUCCACGCGGAGUCACCAGCAGCGAGGAGUACACGCUCUGUAAAAGGUAUUUGGAACAGGGCAUUUGCAGAUACGGGGCUCAGUGUACGUCUGCACAUUCUCAGGAAGAGCUCACGGAAUGGCAGAAGAGAUACGCCUCCCGCCUCAUAAGCUUGAAACAGCAGCAAGAGAGCACGCAGUCCGCUGGGAGCUACAUGGAAGCCCUCAUUGAGAAAUGGAUGAACUCCUUAUCACCAGAGAAAGUGCUUAGUGAUUAUUUGGACGGGGUGAGUGUGGAGCACAGUCCUGAUCUUUCGGUCACAGUCACCACCAAGAAAUCCUCCCAGUCCUGGACCUUCUCACUCUUCUGUAAGCCUGCAAGAAUGCUGUACAGAAUGGCUCUCCUGUACGAUGCCCACCGGCCCCAUUUUUCCAUCGGUGCUGUUUCUGCUGGAGAUGGUGCUAACCAAAUCGUGCAGGAAGUACCAGACAACUGCCAGGAGUGGGUCGGAGGCAACAUUGCGCAGAAUGGACUGGACCAUUGUGUUUAUGAAGUAGUCGUCCGGUUUAGCACAGAGAUCUUCGGGACCUUCCGGCAGACUAUAGUCUUUGACUUUGGCUUCGAGCCUGUGCUGAUGCAGAGAGUUAUGGUUGAUGCUGCUUCAAUAGAAGAUCUUGAACAUUUGAUGCAAGCAAGGCAGCAGCUGCUCAUCACUGCGAAACGCUGGGAUUCUUCCUGCAAGACUAUCGUGGAGUUUGAGCCCAAUGAAACUGCUGACCUGGAGCGCAGCCUCCUGAGCAGAUACCAGAUCCCUCUGUCUGCUGACCAGCUCUUCACCCAGUCUGUGCUGGAUAAGAGCCUGACCAAGGAGAACUACCAAGCCCGCCUGCACGACCUGCUCUACAUCGAGGAGAUUGCGCAGUACAAGGAAGUCAGCAAGUUCAACAUUAAGGUGAAUUUGCAGCUUGUGUCAAGCUUCAUGCUGACGGGUGUCUCAGGAGGAGCCAAGUACGCCCAGAAUGGACAGCUGUUUGGUCGCUUCAAGCUCACGGAGACGCUUUCUGAAGAUACUUUGGCUGGCCGAUUGGUAAUGACCAAAGUCAACUCUGUUUUGUUACUGCCGCUCACUAAAGAAAAGUCGUCACAGGCGCCAGGAACCAAAGAGAAGGUUUAUGAAGCUGCGAUUGAGGACAAAACAAAGGACUUCAUCUUCCUCCGAGUGUGUAAGGACUGCUGUGAGGAGCUGAAGCUGCGUCCGGACCGGGAGCUGCAGGUGGAGCUUCAGUUCCAGCUGAACCGCGUUCCUCUCUGUGAAAUGCAUUAUGCGCUGGACAGGAUCAAGGACAACAGCAUUAUGUUUCCAAAUGCCAGCUUGACGCCCACCAUCCCCUGGAGCCCCAACAGCAGGCAGUGGGAUGAGCAGCUGGACCCCCGUCUCAAUGCGAAGCAGAAGGAGGCCAUCCUGGCCAUCACCACCCCCCUCCACUUCCAGCUGCCGCCCGUGCUCAUCAUCGGGCCCUACGGCACGGGGAAGACGUUCGCUCUGGCUCAGGCAGUCAAGCAUAUUCUCAAGCAGCAGGACUCCAAAGUUCUUAUUUGCACCCAUUCAAACAGUGCUGCUGACCUGUACAUAAAGGAUUACCUUCAUCCACAUGUAGAAGCUGGCAAUCCGCACGCCAGACCUCUUAGAGUAUAUUUCAGAAACCGAUGGGUGAAGACAGUCCACCCCACAGUCCAGCAGUACUGUUUAAUAUCAAGCACGCAAUACGCUUUCCAGAUGCCACAGAAAGAAGACAUAGUGAAACACCGUGUUGUUGUCGUCACUUUGAGCACCUCUCAGUAUCUGUGUCAGCUUGAUCUUGAGCCAGGUAUCUUUACGCACAUUCUGUUAGAUGAAGCUGCUCAAGCCAUGGAGUGCGAGACCAUCAUGCCUUUUGCGCUCGCCAGUAACAGCACGAGGAUCGUGUUAGCAGGAGACCACAUGCAGCUUAGUCCCUUUGUGUACAGCGAAUUCGCCAGAGAGAGGAACCUUCAUGUGUCGUUGCUGGACCGGCUGUACGAGCAUUACCCUGCCGAAUACCCCUGCAGAAUACUGCUGUGUGAGAAUUAUCGCUCCCAUGAAGCUAUCAUCAAUUACACGUCUGAACUGUUCUACGAUGGGAAGUUGAUGGCCAGUGGUAAACAGCCUGCACACAAAGACUUCUACCCGCUGACAUUCUUCACAGCUAGAGGAGAGGAUGUGCAGGAGAAAAACAGCACUGCCUACUACAACAACGCUGAGGUGUUUGAGAUAGUGGAGAGAGUGGAGGAGCUGCGGAAGAAGUGGCCGGUCGCAUGGGGUAAACUGGAUGAGGGGAGCAUUGGCGUGGUCACUCCGUACGCAGACCAGGUGUUCCGGAUUCGGGCAGAACUGCGCAAGAAGAGAAUGUCCGAUGUCAGCGUUGAACGAGUGUUGAAUGUUCAGGGAAAGCAGUUCCGAGUGCUGUUCCUUAGCACGGUGAGGACGAGGCACACCUGCAAACACAAGCAGACGGCGAUAAAGAGGAAGGAGCAGAUGGUCGAGGACUCCACGGAGGACCUGGACUAUGGCUUCCUGUCCAACUACAAGCUGUUGAACACGGCGAUCACAAGGUCCCAGUCCCUGGUGGCUGUGGUGGGAGAUCCCAUUGCCCUCUGCUCUGUUGGGAGAUGCAGGAAGUUCUGGGAGCAGUUCAUUGAGAUCUGUCAUGAGAACAGCAGCCUCCACGGCAUCACGUUUGAGCAGAUCAAGGCUCAGCUGGAGGCGCUGGAGCUGAAGAAGACCUACGUCCUCAACCCCCUGGCUCCGGAGUUCAUCCCCAGGGCUCUGAGGCAGCAGCAGCAGCAGCACCCUGCAACCUCCAAGCAGCAGCAGCAAUCUCCACCAAAGGGUAAAGGGCAGCACCAGAAUCAGAGUGAAACUUUUCCAGCGGAAGGAUUUGUUCAGCCCAAUCCAUCGGUUUUGAUUGGAAACCCAAUCCGAGCGUUCACUCCUCCCCUCGGGACCCACCCUACCCUGGGAAAGUCACCCAGCCCAGUCCAGAGGAUAGACCCCCACACUGGGGCAAGCAUCCUCUAUGUGCCAGCUGUCUACGGGGGAAACAUGGUCAUGUCGAUGCCUUUGUCUGUUCCCUGGCCGGGGUACCAGGGCAGGUUUGCAGUGGACCCUCGUCUCAUGACUCACCAGGCUGCCAUGGCGUACAACAUGAACCUGCUGCAAGCCCACGGCCGCGGAUCCCCCCUCCCCUAUGGUGGGAGCCACCCCUCCCCGCUCGGAAUGAACCAGCAGCAGGAGAAGGAACAGGAAGAGCAGAGCAGGAACGGUAAAAUGGAUGGAAAACCUGAGCAAAACAGGCUACACACCCCAGACAGGAAACCCCCUGAUUCCAAAGAGAAACAGCUGGAACCUGAGGCUGGACAGAACAGAAGCCCUGACUCCCAAGCAAGCCUAAAUUUACCAAAUGCCAGACUCCACAGGAAAGAAAACCCAGCCCAGAGGACGCUUAACUUCCACCUGGCUCCCCCCAACCCCCCUUUCCCCGCCCACACCUCUGGUCGGCAGUUCCCACACCAGUAUCCUGUCCCCCGGCCCCCAUUCAGAGUCCACCAGCAGCAGCAGCAACAGCAGCAGCAGCAGCAGACCCCUCAGAAUCACAUGCCCCCGCAACCUGGCCAGGUGCACCACCUGCCCCAGCAGCAUUCAUCCCAGCUCUCUCCAGCCUUCCAGGCCGGUCACAACCCCUCCUUCUUCAACCCCCUCCCUCACCGGGGCCUGCACUCCCCGAACCUUGAGGCCAUGGCUCCGGAGCAGCCUGGCAUGGUGCCGGAGGAGAUGAAUAAUGCGAUGAGGCCCGUUCCUCAGCUCAGCGCACAGCAGCCACCGCCGCCACCACCAGCUCAGUCCAGCCGGCUCAACAGCUUCGUGGAAGAAAACUCUGAGGCGGCCAUCCUGGGAGAAGCGCUAGACAUGCAGGGGGUCGGCACACUGGAAGCUCUGAGUCAGCAGACGAGACUGCACCAGUGGAAUGAACACAGUCACUUUUUGCAGAGCAACAUGGCCUUCCCUCUGCAUCAGCAGCUGGCUCAUCCUCUAGCCCAGCAGUCCCUGCGCUUCCCCCAGCAGCUCAUCAGAGGCAACUGGAGGCUGGGCAACAAUGCAGAGGAGGAGCCUGGGCCAGGAUACCCCAGGUUUCCCGGUCUGCUCAGAGAGGUGCCUCCUGCGGAGCAGGGCGAGCCCCGGGACCUGCCGGAGAUGCCCCCUCCCCAGUCUCGCUUGCUGCAGUACAGGCAGGUCCAGCAGGUCCAGCAGGUCCAGCCCCGCAACCCUGGAGCCCUCCCCUCCCCAUCGGCCAACUCCAACCACACCGGCCUCUUCCCAGGCCCCUAUGGGGACACCAACCGGGAGCUUGAGAUGAUCAACAGCCAGGCUUUUCAGCAGCACCAAGCCCAGAUGUUCAACCCUGCCUUCCCCGUGGCGGCCGGACACACCACCCCUCCUCCAGUGAAGUACCUGCUCCCUGAGGCUCAGUGGCCGCACCCUGGCCUGCAGCAGAACCACAUGCUGGGGCAGGGCUUUCACUACGGCAUGCAGCAGUUAGCCCACAGACAGGAGCAGGUCCACCUGAUGCAGAUGCACCAUCACCACCAGCAGCAGCAGCAGCAGCAGCAGCAGCAGCAGCAGCAGCACCAUCAGCAUACUCAGCAUCACCAACAGCAGGCCAGCAAUCGGGAAUCAUUUCACCCGCUCUCGCCCCGAACGGUGUCUGCUUCUUCACUUCACAACAUAGAAGAGUAUGAACCUAGAGGACCAGGCAGGCCACUGUACCAAAGAAGGAUCUCUUCUAGUUCUGUGCAGGCAUUCCCUGAAGAUUCAGGCGCUGCUCCAGGUGGUCUCGGUCAGUGUAAAGAGCUUCUGGAUCAUCAUAACCAUCUCUCAUACAACUACCCAUCCCCAGAGCUGUGGGCCAGCGCCAACUCCUCUGUGCCAUUUCAGAACAUUCCAUGCAAUGGAGCCAACAGAGUAGUUCCACACAGGGACCUUUUAGCUUCAUCAAAGGUAGUCCGUUCUGCAGAGGAGCACAUGAAGGCUGAAGGUGUCCAGCCGCUGUCCAGUUCGUUCAAUUGCACCACGCUGCAGCACCUCAGCCAGUUCCCUCCGCUCAUGCCCAGCAAGCAGCCGAGUCCUGAACCAUGCAGCAGCGCCAGCGGGUUGCAGAACCCUGGCAUGGGCAAACCCCCCACCAUGUCGUAUGCUAGCGCCCUGCGGGCACCCCCAAAACCAAGACCCCUGCCCGAGCAGUCGAAAAAGAACAGUGAUCCCCUGGCCCUGUUACAGGAACUCAGCAUAGGCAGCUCAACAGGUAGCAACGGAUAUUAUUCUUAUUUCAAAUAAAUACAAAUCAAUAUAAAAAAAAAUACAAAAAAAAGGAAAUACAUUUUAAAAAAUAUAAUAAAAUACAAAAAAUUACAAAUUUACUUUUUUUUUUUUAAAGAUUUUUUUUUUUAUAGAUAGUAUUAUUUUGUGCUUUAAUUUUUUAUUUUUACUUGCAUUAGUUGUGUAAUUUCUUUUAUGGUUGGACAUAGCUCUUUAAAUAAAAAAAGAAAAAAAGGAAAGAAAAAAGUUAACCACUUAGCUGCCAGGCAAUCUCUCCCUCUUUCUCCAAUCUCUUAUUAGUUGCUCUCUUUGCAUUCGCCUAACUUUAUUUUAGGUUUUUACGUGUGUGUGUGUGUGUGUGUGUGUAUAUAUACAUAUAUAUAUAUACAUAUAUAUAGAGAGAGAGAGAGAGAUUUUUUAGUAAUUCAUUUUAUGUCUUGUGAUGUGUUUCGGAAGCAGCCAAGUGGUUAACUAAACACAAAAACACAAAGUUGUAUAGAAGUAGCUAAAAUUUUCUUUAACCUGUAUAUAUAAAAAAAGGAAACAUUAAUUACUGGGAUGGAAAUAGUCUCCUGUUGCAUAACGAUUUCAUCCAUUCCUGGUUUUACUAUGAAUUUAAUAAGAUAUGUGAUCUUGUUACCUAUACAGCGGGGUCUAAUCAAGCUUUUAGUUAAAAUUGUGAAUGGGUGAAACUGCUAUGCAAGAGGAGUCUUUAUUUCCAUCCCUGAAUUGUAUGCCGCAUACUUACUUUGCUGUACCAUGUUAGCAUUGACAUUAGCAUGUUGCUGAGUUUCUGUAACAGAAUGAUCCAGUGUAUUAAAGUAUGACCCUGAAACAGAAAAUCACAGCAUCAUCCUCCAGUUGAGUUCAUUUAGAGGUGUACAGAAUGCAAUAAACAACAAGAAAACACAAGCCACAAUCUCACAACCAACACUGCAGUGUCCACAUUUCAUGCACUAAUGUCUUCAAUGCAAUGGGGAGAGAUUUACUUUUACAUUGAAAAACGGUCAGUUUUCAGAAAGGCCAGCAAAGUGUUGCAGAGGAAGUCAAAAGAACAGCUGCUUGUUUAUUCAGUGGUGAUUGUUAGAGUGCACAUAUUGUCCUGGUCAAUGUUAUACAAAUUCAAAAUCUCAUGGACAAAAACUCACCUUUUUUCAUAGAGAAAGUGAAGAAAAGUGAUUGCUCCUCCACCCCUUCAGAUUAAUAACCAGCCUCAGCACUCAGGAGUGAUGAGUAGCAGAACAUGUUUUACGCUUUCCUUAGUUUGGGUUAACCCUUUGAGUAUCUUCCCAGUGCAUCGAUUUUAAGUAAAGUUUUGUUUGUUCUUUUUCUUAUUGUAAUAAACGAUGUGUGUUUUAAAAA